AGACUCAGUAUGUUUUACUCGGUUGCCUAAAAAUCAUCGGCUUGUUGCUUGCGCGAACAGUCAACCCAUCGUUUUGUGUGAUCAUUCCCGGAAUCAAUUUUCUACACUCGAUAUUUGUGAUAAUUUACGCCUGGAAUAUACUUGUGAUUGGAACAAAUAAGAAGAACGACCAAGUAAAGAACUAAAUCAUUAAUCAAAAGUGAAGAAAGCGAAGAGAGAAAAAAAAACUGAAAGAAACAGAAAAAUAAAAAUCGAAAUACGGGAGGCACAUUGAGCGCAGUCCACGUUAUUUUUUUUUCUUUCCCGACGACAACGACCAAAACAACAGAAUUUCUAUUAUUAUUUUAUUUUUCUCUUCUACUUGUUGUGACCCGGUUGGAUUAUGUGCAUCAUUACAGUUGCAAUGAAUCAUAUGUGCGCUUAAUGCGUGAACUGGAAUCAUACAUUUAUCAUGGCUCUUAUGAAGCAAUGAAGCAAUGAAGCAAUGAACUCAGAUUAACUGCAAGCACAUUCCUACAGCAUCCACCACAUUCUGGAUAAAAGAGACAGAAAAUAUUUUGUGAUCACACUCUCACACAACACCAACUGACUGCAAAGAAAAACGGGAAUUAUUAUUCGUUUUUUUUUUUCGUUCGCCGUUCGAAAGUAAAACGCGCGCAAUCCACAAACAUGGCUCACAAGAAAGGCUCCGGCUCGGGCGCAGUUGGUCUGCAAAUCGACGCUCCAUCCCGAUGCAAUUCACCACGUCCAUCGAUGGCCAGUCUUGAUAUGUCAUCAUGUGUGCGCGUCUUACCAAAACCACUUUCACUGGAGGAGAAGAAAUAUCUACUAGCUGUCGAAAGAGGAGACUUGGCUAACGUGCGACGUAUGCUACAACGAGCGCACCGUAAAAAAACAUUCGAUAUCAACUGUUUCGAUUCGCUAGGGCGAGGCGCUCUUACGAUUGCAAUCGACGCAGAGCAUUUAGAAAUGGUUGAAUUGCUUGUUAUCAUGUCGGUGGAGACAAAAGAUGCCUUACUGAUUGCAAUUAACGCCGAAUUCGUUGAGGCUGUAGAACUUCUUUUAGAGCACGAGGAACUUAUUCAUAAGGAUGGCGAACUAUACAGUUGGCAAAAAGUUGACGUGAAUACGAGCAUGUUUACACCGGAUAUAACACCAUUGAUUUUAGCUGCGCAUAAAAAUAAUUAUGAAAUUUUGAAAAUUCUCUUGGAUCGUGGUGCAACCGUUCCAACUCCACAUGAUAUUCGAUGCGGUUGUGAUGAUUGUCUUCGAAAAUCAUCCGAGGAUUCGUUGCGAUUCUCAUUGAGCCGUGUGAAUGAAUAUCGUGCAUUGGCCAGUCCAUCGUUGAUUGCGCUCAGCUCAACCGAUCCCCUGUUGACCGCGUUCCGAUUGUCAUGGGAAUUGCGUAAUUUGGCCUUUGCCGAACAGGAAUGCAAAUCGGAAUAUUUGGAUUUGCGUCGUCAAUGUCAACAGUUCGCUGUGGAUCUAUUGGAUCAAUCGCGUAGCUCACAGGAAUUGGCCAUCAUUUUGAAUCAUGAUCCAGAGGCACCACCAUACGCCGAUGGUGAUCACAUGAAAUUGGCACGAUUGGAACUUGCGAUUGAGUACAAACAAAAGAAGUUUGUGGCUCAUCCAAAUAUUCAACAACUUUUGGCAGCACUUUGGUAUGAAGGUGUACCCGGUUUUCGUCGUAAGAAAGCUGCCGAGAAAAUGUUUAUCAUCAUUCGUGUGGUUGUAUUCUUCCCAUUGUACUGUCUCAUGUAUAUGCUAGCACCGGAAUGCGGUAGUGCCAAACUGAUGCGAAAACCAUUUAUGAAAUUCUUGAUUCACGCUUCGUCUUAUUUGUUCUUCUUGUUCAUUUUGAUUUUGGUGUCACAAAGAGCGGAGGUACAUGCGAUAUUACUAUUUGGGACGGAAAGUAUGAGGAAAAGUAUGGAGGAGCAGUUGCGACGACAGCGUGGUAAUGGACCGUCACCGCUUGAACUGCUCGUCCUGCUGUAUGUCGUUGGCUUUAUAUGGGAAGAAACGCAAGAGAUUCUCAACGAAGGAAUUCGCAGCUACUUACGAAACAUGUGGAAUUUCAUUGACUUUUCGCGAAAUUCACUUUAUUGUCUGGUUGCUUUGCUGAGAUUUAUUGCCUACAUUCAACAAACAUCGGAAAUUUCAAAGGAUCCCAGUACAGCCUACAUUCCACGUGAACACUGGGAUGAUUUCGAUCCACAAUUGAUUGCUGAGGGUCUGUUUGCUGCGGCCAAUAUUUUCUCGGCCAUUAAAUUGGUUCACUUGUUUUCGAUCAAUCCCCAUUUGGGACCGUUGCAAAUUUCUCUCGGCCGAAUGGUUAUCGAUAUCGUCAAGUUCUUCUUCAUUUACUCGCUCGUACUGUUCGCAUUCGCUUGCGGUUUGAACCAACUGCUGUGGUACUUUGCCGAUUUGGAACAUUCAAAAUGCUAUGACAAACCAAAUGGAAUGGCAGAUUGGGAAAAUCAGGGUGAUGCGUGUAUGAAGUGGCGUCGGUUUGGAAAUCUAUUCGAGUCGUCGCAGUCACUGUUUUGGGCCAGUUUCGGUAUGGUUGGAUUGGAAACGUUCGAACUCGAAGGUAUUAAAUCGUACACCCGGUUCUGGGGUCUUCUCAUGUUCGGUUCAUACAGUGUGAUCAACGUAAUCGUCUUAUUGAACCUGCUUAUUGCCAUGAUGUCCAACUCGUAUGCAAUGAUUGAUGAACAUUCUGAUACUGAAUGGAAAUUCGCGCGUACCAAGCUGUGGAUGAGCUACUUUGAAGAAAGUGGUACUCUGCCUCCACCAUUCAAUAUUUUGCCAUCGGUUAAAUGGAUUACGCGAUUAUUCAGAAGCAAAAAGACUCGCGAAAUCAAACGCGGCUCAACCAUUCGUCGACGAGAAGACCGAGAAAAUCGAUAUACAAAUGUGAUUAGAUCGUUGGUAUGGCGUUAUGUAUCGGCAAUGCAUCGUCGAAUGGAUGAUGAAACCGUGACUGAAGACGAUAUCAACGAAGUGAAGGGAGACAUUUCGGCCAUGCGAUACGAAUUGCUUGAGGUGUUUGAACGGAAUGGCAUGGACAUUUCGACGGCUGACAAAAAGGAAAAAUCUCAUUUGGCUAAGCGAAUGAAGGUGUGGGAACGUCGUUUGAUGAAAGAUUUCCAUGUUGCACCGUCCGAAGGUGGUGCCGAAGGUGAAGAUGCGGAUAAAGUGAAUGAAAAGGGAUUGGCACGAUUCCGUCGCGUUGCCCAUGAAGUGGUCCAAUCGACCGCAACACAUAAGUGGUCGGCAGCUGUACAGGGUGUCACAGACACCCAAAUCGGUCGAUGUCGCAACCGUAACAGCUUCCGAAACCAACAGAAUCUGGCGAAGGCAAUGAGUGAAGCGAAACGUUUGGUUCAACAUAGUCCAAUCCAAUCGCGUCCAUGCACUCCACUCGAGUACAGCGAUCCAACGACAAACACUUUACUCGAACUGUUGAAGAAUAUUAGCGAAGAAAUUGGCGAAUACCCCGGCUCUCGAUCACCAAGCAAACAAGAACGGGAGAAUUCCAUUUUGCAAUUGCACGCAAUGAUCGGUAGUAAGGCACCGUCACCAUUGCCACCAAACAUUGUGCAGUUGGCCGAAAGUAUGGCUAAGAUUGACGAUCAAAAACAACGACAAUCCAUUUCAUCGACUUUGUCGCAAAUUAGCAACGAAUUGGAUAAAAUGAAAACGCGUUCACGUUCUGGAUCAUUUGAUGCUAGAGGCCAAGACGUUGUACAAUCACCACCACCAGCGUCGACAUCACCCAUUGGUGGUCGCGUGAAGACACCUGAAAUGAAAUCACCAAAAUCAAAAUCGCCUGAAGUGAAAGGGCGUAAAUCAAUCACAUCGAUCGGUUCAAGUGGAUCAUUUGGUGAACCAAGUGUUAGCGGAGCUCGUUCACCAUGUCCAACAUCCAAACCGAUUGUUCCAUUACCCGAGAUUCAAAUCACUCGUACCGAAUCAAAUCGGUCGACCAUAGAUGAGAAAUGGGUAAAACCUAAAGAACUGGAAGAAGAUAAAAUGAACGAAAAGCCGAAGGCAGGAGCACCAAAGGUGAUUAAACGUCGUGCUCCGGCCCCAAUAAGUGAUGGUCGCGAUAUUUCGAUAUCUCGCCCGGUUGUCACUAAGGUUGACCACAGCAAGGGAAUGAUACCACCACCACCGUUGAAAAUCCAAAUGCCGACCACAUCUGGUUUCUCCUCAAAGUCAGAACCAUUUAUUGCACGUCCACCAUCUCCUGCAAAGGUGGUUGAACGACCACCGUCACCAUUGCCACGUCCAGCAUCGCCAUUGCCCCGAAAAUCACCAACCCCACCACCACCAAAAUCUCUAGCAUCCAUUAAUUCGUCAUUUGCACCGCAAUCGAUGGACUCGCUCACGAGCAGCUCGGAAAGUUUGGUCAAAUCCAGUGAACCAUCCAGCGAAGCAAAUCAAGCGGCUGGUUCACCACCAACAUUGCGUCCCACUAGUCGCAAGGUGACCGAUGUCACCACGAUAAGACGUCAACCAAAAACCGGCUGGCUUUAAACAAAAACUUGUUUAAACAACCGUGCCUUUUAUCUCUCGAUUCAUAGGAAUGAUUUCAGAGAGAGAGAGAAAAAGAUGAAAAAAGCUAAAAUUUAUAUGAUGGCGCAUAUGAUGCCAGUUUAUAGGGGCGUAUUUUGUAUUGAAACUUUAGAAUGAUUCAACAGGGAAAAAAACAAUUUCAACAUAUUAUUUAUUCAAAUGCUAUCAAUGCUAAUCUUCAAAUUCAGAUAAUAAAUUUGACUAUUAAAACCAAUAACAACCAAGAAA